GCUAGUUUUGCAAGCCCCCCUUGAUGUCGCAGUUGCAGAAGUAUCAAAUUCUGCCAUUUUUAUGCUAAUAUGGGAAUAUUCACGUCUUUCUUUAAGCUUGUUCCCUUGGAGUUUGUGUUGAUAUCAGUGUUUUUCUCUUUGUUGCAUGCAAUCUUAUGUAAAGUCUGCAGAGUUUCAGAAUUAUCAGGACAUGGCCCCCCAACUUAUCCUAUAAUCGGCUGCAUGAUUUCUUUCUACAAAAACCGCACUCGUUUGAUAGAUUGGUAUACAGAGCUCAUCGCGGAGUCGGACACCAAUACAAUUGUGGUUAACCGGCUUGGUGCUCGAAGGACUAUUGUGACUGCAAACUCGGAGAACGUUGAGUACAUGCUGAAAACCAAUUUCAAUAACUUCCCUAAAGGCAAGCCUUUCACUGAAAUUCUGGGUGACUUUCUUGGCUAUGGGAUAUUCAAUGUGGAUGGGGAGCUUUGGCGCAUUCAACGCAAGUUAGCAAGCCAUGCUUUCAGCACCAAUUCUUUGAGAGAAUUCGUGAUGAGCACAUUGGAAGAAGAGGUAGAGAAUCAAUUUUUACCUUCCUUAGAAUCAUUGGCUGCAGCAUCAGCAGUGGUAGACUUGCAGGACUUGCUGAGACGACUUUCGUUCAAUAUGAUCUGCAAGGUCUCAUUAGGGGUGGAUCACUGUGUUUUAGACCCUUCUCAGCUUGUUUCGCCUCUCAACAAAGCUUUCGACAUGGCGUCGGAGAUAUGCGCCAAACGUGGAGCAGCUCCUUUGUUAUUGGUUUGGAAGGUCAAGAAAUGGCUCGGAGUUGGAUCGGAGAAAAAGCUCAGGGAUGCUGUUGAAGAAGUUCAUGCAUAUGUUGAGGAAAUCAUUCGUAACAGGAAGAAAAAGAUGGAUGAAAGCCAAGAGAAUUGCGGUGAAGAUCUCCUAUCGAGGUUGAUAUUGGCUGGCUGUGAUGAGGAAGUGAUAAGAGAUAUGAUCAUAAACUUCAUCAUGGCAGGAAGGGAUACAACUUCAGCAGCAAUGACAUGGCUCUUCUGGUUGCUUUCAUGCCAUCCAGUUAUAGAGCAAGAACUGCUGAAAGAGAUACAGAAAAAUGAUAAAAGAUUGUCAGAUUAUGAAUCAUUGGAGGGAUUGAAAUUGUUGAAAGCCUCUCUUUGUGAGUCCAUGAGGCUCUACCCGCCGGUAGCUUGGGACUCAAAGCAUGCCAUGGUGGAUGAUAUGUUACCUGAUGGUACUUUAGUCCAGGCAGGGGAUAGGGUAACCUAUUUUCCCUAUGGAAUGGGGAGGAUGGAAGCGUUAUGGGGAAAGGACUGCAUCGAGUUCAGACCGAGCCGGUGGUUUAUUGAACCAAGUCACCAGGGAGGAUCACUAAAGAAGGUAAGUCCAUACAAGUUUCCAGUUUUUCAGGCAGGUCCAAGAAUUUGUCUUGGAAGAGAUAUGGCCUUCAUUCAGAUGAAAUAUGUGGUGGCUUCCAUACUGAGACGGUUUGAAAUCAAACCAAUCAGAUCAGAAAAGCCUAUUUUUGUGCCACUCUUGACGGCUCACAUGGCCGGUGGACUAAAGGUUUUGAUCAAGAAACGAGAUCAUUCAAUAUAAGGCUUUAAAAAUUACAUUAUUUAGUGAGAGCCAAUGUUUCAGAAAUUAAAAAAAAAAAAAAAAAAAGAUUUGUAAGACCAAUGUAAGAUGGCAAUAUGCUAUCAUGUCUCAUCUGUAUUAUAGUUAGGAGGAAAAAUAUUAGCUAAAACAAUCACAUACUUGUACAAAUCUUUAUCAGACCGUUCAUUAUUAUUGGCAUCAAUCUAGAUCAUUGACUCAAAA